CAACAAUUAAGGGCAUCCUUUCAUGCCCUCCUCUUCUACCUCAUUCUUCCUCUACGUCGUAGAACGGAAGGUCAAACUAUCUUCGCAAAUCUCAAGAGAAAGGCCUUUCUAGCCAACGCGCCACAAGCACAUGCAUCGCACAUAAGGAACCGACGUCAUUCCCCGGCUAGAGCCAGCCUCGGUGGUUUUGUUGGGACCCACGCAACAUCCAACGACAUCUUAAAUAUGACCUCUGAGGACUGAAAGACCCCUCAUUCUUCUCUUCUUUGUCCAGUGCUGCAACCGUACUGUCAGACAUGGCGCUUCCUGCGGAGCCUGCUGCCCCACAAGAGCGAAAGGCUCACAAUCUCGCACCCAAAUCGUAUGACGAAGCUGCUGAAGAGGCUCUGUCUCCAGGCCCAGACGAACAGAUUCGAAACCCGAACCCUGAGCCCGCUGAUCCGAACGAACGCAAAACUCGACAUUUACCUCCCAAGUCAUACGCCGAAGCAGCCAAAGAAGACAUUGUCGAUGCGCCAGUCGAUAUGAAGAAGUCAGACAGAGCAAAAAGUGUACAGACCAUUCAAGCAAACGGCAAAAUAACGAUACCGACAAGCGAGGAUAAAGAACACUAUGAAGGGAGAGGAGAGGACGACAGUCCUAGGAGUCCUGACAGGCGAAGGUCAUCCGUCAAAUCCCUAGGGUCUCCCCGACGCAAGCACGGCGGUCAGCUGGAGUCUGAGAUUUUUGAAAAGCAUCAGAAUGGGACAGGAAUGCCUUUGACAAGCGUAAAGGUGUCUGAAAAGUACGCGAAGAGUACUCGCACCCCUGAUGCUCCCAGGAGGCGCACGUCAACCCUCAUGUCAGGGAAGCAAGCUGGUGCGGGAUGGCAGAAGUCUAAGAUACGAUUUGCCCCUCUCAAUGUUCCCCUUCAGCGCCGUCUACAAACCCUCGCUGUUUUGAUUCACACUCUGACGCCCUUCUGUCUUCUGACUAUCUUCUUCUUUCUUUGCAGUAUACCACUCCUUUGGCCGAUACUGCUGCCUUACGUCAUAUUCGUUCUUUUUUCGAAUGCAGGAAUAUCAGGAGAACUAUCAUAUCGUAGCGAGAGAAUCCGGCGACUCCGUAUAUGGUCUUUGUUCGCUUCGUACUUCCCGGCCCGUCUUCAUCGGACGUACGAACUCGAGCCAACACGCAAAUACGUGUUCGGAUAUCACCCUCAUGGCAUCAUUUCACAUGGUGCUUUCGCUGCCUUUGCAACAGAAGCACUCGGCUUCUCACAGCUCUUCCCAGGCAUAACAAACACGCUGCUUACGCUGGACACCAACUUCAAGACUCCCCUUUAUCGGGAGUAUGCGUUAUACCUGGGCCUUGGAUCCGUCUCUCGGCAAUCCAUCGAUAACAUUCUGUCAAAGGGAGGCGUCAACGGCGAAGGCAUGGGCCGCGCAGUUACCAUCGUUGUAGGUGGUGCUCGUGAAGCACUCGAAGCCAAGCCUGGAACCAUUCGUCUCCUUCUCCUCUCCCGCAAAGGGUUCGUGAAAAGAGCCAUUGCCAAUGGCGCUGAUCUUGUGCCCGUGCUCGCAUUCGGCGAGAGCGAUAUCUACCAGCAGGUGGACGCAUCUUCGCACCCAUACCUGCAUGCGUUUCAGCUUGCUGUCAAGAAGCUCUUCGGAUUCACUAUGCCCAUUUUCCAUGCUCGAGGUGUCUUCAACUACGAUGUUGGUAUGCUGCCAUACCGGAAACCGAUUAAUAUUGUAGUAGGAAAGCCGAUUCAGGUUGUGCAGUCAAGGCAUCCUGACGAUGCUUAUGUUGCACAAAUUCAUUCGGAGUAUAUCAAGGAGCUGCUCCGGAUUUGGGACGAUUACAAGGACGAUUUUGCUAAGGACAGGACGAGCGAGCUUGAGAUCAUUGAGUAGGGAGUUGAUUGGUCGGUCGCUGGUGACUUUACUGGUGGGAUUUCUCGACUUUAUGAACACUUGAACAAUAACACAAUUGGUCUCUUCAGAUUUCAGUUGCGUAUAUCAUCCUGGAAUGGGUCGGUGCGUAAGGAGUACUUUGAACGUAAUCUCGAAUAUCUCAAUAUUCUGACGAGCUCCCUUUACAUCAGUCCGCCCAUGCUUGCACCCUGGAAAGACAGAAACUGUCCGAAUGCGUGCCAGGUUACAAUGUAUGAAAUGACCGUAUGUACGGCCUAACGGCUUAGACAGGAUUCCAU